AUGACUUCUAUGCGAAAACUAAACUGCAGAAUAUGUUUGGAAGAAGACAACGAACCAAACUUAAUUUCACCGUGUGAAUGUCGUGGUUCUCUCCAAUUUGUGCAUACACGAUGUCUGCAACACUGGUUCGAUGUGAUGCAUACAAGACGCUGUCAAAUAUGCAAAACACAGUACGAGCUCGAAGAUCAUGGAAUGAAGCCUUACACUGAAUGGACAUUACCUCAGCCGUUAAGCGAUGACUGGGAGGAUCAACUGGAUUUUAAAUGCGCCUUAUUUUGGCUUUUAUUCAUGUCACGUAUUACCUACAUUGUACUCAAACAUGGUAUUACAGAGACGCGUUUAGCAGUAAUUUAUAUUGUAGGCGAAGGAAAAAUGUAUUAUGUAUGGCUUCUAUCAUUCUGCAUAAACUUCGCUUAUUACAGUGUAGUGAUUUACGAAAUCAUAAAGA